UCACUCCUCUCACUCCUCUGCUCUACACUGAUCGCUAUCCCACCCCUACACCCUCCUUGCGCCAUCACACGUCAACCACUACAAUGGCCGACUCGACGUUCCGCAACUUCCUCCUGGUCAUCAUCGCCCUCUUCAUCCCUCCAAUCCCGGUGUACAUGAAGGUCGGCUGCACCGCCCACCUCCUGCUCAACAUCCUCCUCUGGUUCCUCGGCUGGAUCCCCGGUGUCAUUCACGCCAUCUACAUCAUUGCCAGCCGGCCAUAGGCGAGGCGAGCGCGCAUCUCGCCUCGCCUCGCCUGCCCGGCGCCCCGCAGCGGCAGCCCACGACCCGUCUUACCCCUUCUGUACCGCCCGCUGUUGUAUGCAGCCUUAAUAUGGUUUCAA